AAUAAUAUACCAUAGCAAAUAGAAAAAAAAUAUUUUUUUUGGAUUAUAAAAUUUAUUUAUAUGUUCGUACCAAUUAAAUUAUAUAAGUAAUAGUUACUGACUUUUUAUUAUUAAAUAUAUAUUUAUUAUUUUAUAAUAUAUUUAAAAUAUAAUAUAUAAAAUAAUUUUUAUAUAUAAUGUUUAUUCUGCGCAAGGCGCAUGUCUUAACCGAGUCCAACAUUAAUCCUGGUCAAUGGUCAUAGAUAUAGGUUCUUAAUCAAAUGGUGUAAACACAUUUAUAACAUUCGAAGCAAAACCAUUAGUAAAAAAAAAACAUUCGAAGCCAACUUUUGACUUUGUAGAAAUGGAAUAUAAACCUUAUCUUCACAGUUAAGUUGGGUUGGUAUAAAAUUGCUCAAAUAUACAGUACAAAAUUACAAAUAGUACAUAUGUACAAGAAAGAAAGAAAAAAUAAAUGCUUGUGGUGAUCAAUGCUACCGUUACUGUUCACCUAAAUUAUUACUAAAUGGUAAAACUGAAUAUUAAAAUAAACGGUUUAUUUUGAAAAUAUGCAGCAUAAAAAAAAUUAUUCAGCCAUAAGAAAUUAAGUAUAUUUUCUAAGUACUUUCACUCUUAACAUAAGUUCCUACUUAUUUUGAAAACGCUGAAUGCAACAUUUAUAGUUGUGCUAGUCUGCUAGAUGCGUUGAAAGUUGAAACACACCCAACAUGCCGGAGCCAAUAUCCAUUAAAGUCGUGAUAUGUAAAAAAGAAGGUUUUAUAUUCCGAUUACUUUCAGAUAUUUUUUUUCACCCACAAUUAGAAAAUUUAUUACAAAAUUUAAAUAUAUAUAACAAAAAAUAAUACUACUACAGAUUAUUAAACUAUAAAUCUUGAUCUAAACAAAAACUACAAAAAAUAAGAGGGGACCAAUAAUUUUGCUUUGUCCCUAAAGGGAACUAUACGAUUAAACCCUAUUAGUUCUUCUAAUUACCGGAAGCUGAAUGUUAAUCAUUCAGGUAAUUGGAUUUGAAAACAUGUAUGUAAUCUAGGGCUUUUAGUUGGAUUAUUUGUGGUCUGAAGUUGGAUUUGAUAUCUCAACCAGUUUCUGGUACAAUAAUUGAAUUAUUUUGGAGCCGUUGACUGAGUUAAUAAGAUAAAGUGGACCAAGAAGAGUCUUUGGGUUUACCAAUCAAAUCAAUACUGACAUAGUCACAUAUAGUAUUAGAAACGACAUGUGGUGGAUAACGUCUUCUAAAAGCAGAAACCCUAUCUUAGAGAAUGCUUAUCUAAUCCAUAUGACAUGGUAAGUUUGAAUGUUGAUGACAUCUGAGAUGUUCCCUAUAUUAGAGACUUGGAAUUCCAUUCACCAUUAUGAUAUUGAAGUCUGUUGCAUAAAGCGGUAUGGUACAAAGAAAGGUAUACCACCGAAAUAUAUCUUUGUAAAUUGGGUCAUAGUCAGUAGUAACUUACAUAUUGGACACAUAUCGAGAAGAUAAGGUCUUCAGAUUCCCCCCCCCCCCGGAUUAUCUUGUUUACAGUAAUUUGGCAAUAUGUGAUUUCACUUUUUCUUCAAUUAUUCUUAUAGUCUGAGAUAUAAUUUGUUUUCUUCUCCAAAGCUCAUUCACCUACUAUUUGUAUGCGAAGAUGAUAUUAUACUUAUUGCCUAACUUAAGUAGAUAUAAGAAUGUUGAUCUGGUUUUGGAAUGAGCUCUUCAAACUUAUACACCGAUAUGUACGAGAAUAAAUUCGAGAUUACAUUCAUGAACCUCUAGACAAAGAUUAGUAGUCAUAACUGUUAUAUCCGGAAGUGUAUUAAAAGAAGUGUAUUCAUUCUAAAAUUGAAAGUGAUUUGAUUUUUAAUGAGAUUUUGUUAAACCACUCUAUAAUAUUUCUUAAAAACAUGAGAUUUGAGUUUUAUUUUUCUAACUAAACAAUUCCACCAUACAUUCACUUGAAAACUUUACAACUCACCACUUAAAAUAUUUUCAAUAACAAUGAAUUUUAAAAUACUUUAUGAAAUGUCAAGUUCAAUAAUAAUAUAUUUUAAAUUAGUUUUUAAAAUCCAUAUUUGAACAAAAGUAUAUUUGUCAUUUUAAUACAAAUCAUCUACAAUUCUCAGUUGAAUAUACUUCUUUUAAAUUUCGAUGCACCAGUAAAAAACCAACAUUCGUUGGACCGGACGUAGGAUAAGUAUGUAUUUAAAAAAAAAAAACAAAUCAUAUUUUGACACUACUAUAAAUAUGAGUCUGAAAAUUGUAAAAUUAUUUAUUCAUAUAAUAAUAUACAAAUCAUAAACAAGUAUUGACCUCAAUCUCUUUUGUUUUGUUUGCUUUUUUCAAGUUAGAUUUGCGUUUGUUCAAAAUAAUAAUGUUCAAAUUAUUAGUUUAUAGCAACUUAUAGUCAUAGUGGCUUAGUGUAGUGCACGGGCUAAUUCCCUUGUAUCGAGAAUUAAACCAUCCUAAAUAUGAAUGGUUAUUUUUAAAAUCAAAAAUUUUAAAUGCUGAUUUCGGACUUAUGUAAAUUAUGUGCUUAAAAUCUGGAAUUUCCAUGGUAAAUGUAUCCAUGAUUAAGCAUCAUAUUGAAUCCGUUUAAUUAACCAAUAGUUAUGAUAAAUUGUUUUUUUUAAAACAAAUAUACAUAGUUCUUUGUAAAUGUAUUUUGGUUGUGUAUACGUAUAAUAUAGCAUUGCAGAUAAGAGAACAUAUGACUAACGUUUGAUCAAAGAAAUUACCUUAGACGAUAUCUUACCUUGCAACCUGGUUCUCCUUGUUCUGAAAGCAUGAAAUAAGACUAAUUUUUGGAUAUGCAGAUCACAUGUUAAAUGUGAGCUUCUUGCUCUCAAAUCUCUAAUCUUUAAGAAUGAUCGUAUUGCAUUUUUUAGAGUAACUUUUUCCUCUACUUUAUUUACUCCAAACACUAAAAACAUAUAUAUACCAUUCAAAUGAAACUUAAUGUUUUUGUGUUUUAUUCCACUUACUAUUUAGAAAAAAAAAGAAAACACACUUAGUUUUACUAUGUCUUUUGAUAGAGUAAUAAUAUUUUCACCAACUUUUUUCCCCCCAUUUCCACUUUUUAUUCUAUUGAUAUCCAAUCAUAUUCAAAGAAUAGUUGAAACCCUCUCUUAAUUAAUGAAAAUAAAAAUUACAAAAUCACAAAUAAAGUAAUAUUUUUUUUUCAUUUUGAAAAAUCUGUGUUUAAAAUUAAUUGUCUUUAGAAUUUUGAUUAGUUAGAAAUUGUAAAAACUAAAAUAAAUAUUUAUAGUAAAUUUUAACGUGUAUUAGACCAUCCGCAACGGUGGUUUUAACACAAUCCUUAGUAGUUAAUCCUUAACUAUUAGGAUUAUAAUACUAAUAUUUAUGGGAGAAAAGCUAAGGAUAAGUCCUAAGCUAAGGAUUAAAAUGUGUUGGUCCUAAAUGACGUGGCAGGAGCAAUUGGGUCGAACUCGUGUAGGGUUUCGCGACUUCAUUUCAUUUGGACGCAACACGAAAAAAAAAAAUCAGAGACGGCGAUUAAGACGAUCUUUCUCUCGACCGCUGAGAAGAGAAAUCGAAGGGUUGUCGUCACUAAAGAGGAUACUCGAAGGGUUCUCGACGGUAGCGAAGGUUAAGGAAACAUGGGACGAUAUAGCUACAGCCAGCCUUCAUCAUCAGAGGAGUAUGAUAUAGAUAUAACUUCGCUUCUUCAAGCGGAAGCUGAUCUCUACGCUGACGAAGCUGACAGUAGGGACAACAUAGCUGAGGCCGUUGAGUACCUUCCUCAACCUGAGUGUGAUGACGGAAUCCCCAAGACCUGCUACUGUGGUGGUGAGGCAGUUGUUGAAACUUCUUACACAAGCAAAGAUCCAGGGAGAAGGUACUUCACUUGCGGGAAUGCGGAUGAUGGAGACUGCCAUGUGUGGAAAUGGUGGGAUGUGGCGGUCAUGGAGGAGUUGCGUGAUUAUCAGAGACAACUUAGGGAGGUAAAGGAUCAAGCUAAUGAGAGUGACGAGAAGCUGGUUAAGGUCGAGCAGACUGUGGAGCAGUUAGUUAAGAAGAAAACAGGGAUUGCAAAUGGCUAUCCAUUGCUUGUAUGUGUGUUGCUUAGUGUAGUAUUUCUACUAUGUAUGGUGAUCAUGUUCAAGUGGGUUGCAGAGAAGGAGAACGUGUUAACAGAGAGCAUGGUUAGUUUCAUUCCUUCUGCUUAUAAUUUUCUUGAAAAACAUGACUCUUUUAUCUUAUGUCUGUUCAGGAAGAGCUUCAGGAAGAGCUUCAGAGAAGCGGGCAAAAUGAUGAUGACGUGAUGAAAGCUGCCCUCGAUAUCUUCUUCAAUAACUACUCCAGCAAGUUCGCACUCGAACAUGCGUGGAGGGAGCUGAGGCAUGAGAAGAAAUGGUGCUCCGCCUUUCUCUCUAAGGACAAGCGUAAACAACCGGUAGAGGUUGAUGGAGAAGACGCGGUGGCAGCAGGAGAGGCUAGACCUAUAGGUGUCAAGGCUGCUAAAGCUUCUAUCAAGCGGAAGAAAAGUGGAAGAGAUGAUGAGUUGGAGAAGAUUCAAGGCAUUAUGGAAAUGAAAGAGAAGAUAUCUAAACGCAAAGUGCUUGAGCGUUUAAUUGCCAAAACUGGUCCACUAUCUGAGAUGGAAACAUCUUUAAAAAUGAAACUACUGUCUGAAAUGCUGUGAUGUUUAGUUAAAGGAAGUCACGGACUAGUUAAGGUUUUCAUGUUGUGUUGAGUAGUUAGUACACUUUGUUAACUCUUGGUAACUCUUGCUAACUCUUGGAAUUUUUUUUUUGGUUGUUGCAGGUAGUACAAGGUCACGGGUGUGAAAGGAAGUCACGGGUCUGUUUUGCUGUUUUCCCAUUCACGGGUCUGAAGGAAGUCACGGGUGUGAAGUUUCACUUCUAUAAAUGAAGCUGUUUAGUCGUUUUAGCUAUGUAUCUCCUUUGUUUCCUUAGUUUUCUUUCUCCUAUGCAACUGUAUUCUCUCCCUAGUUAAUGUAUGGUACUUGUAAUGUCGGAUUUGAUCUCUAAACAACUUGCUUCUCUUUCAAUCAAACAGACUCUUCUCUAUUAACUUUGCAUACUUCAAAUCAAACACAAAUCAUCUCCUUAAACUGAAAAACCGACAGGUACAAGGAAGGAGAAGGCAAAGCGAACACAAACCGACAUCUUGUAAAACUGAAAAACCGACAGGUUCAAGGUCGCAGGUUCAUGUUUAUUAUAUAUAAUCUUGCCAACUCUUGAAUAAGAAAGUAGCUUAAAUUCAAACUAAACUUUCACACCAACCGGAAUUUUGAUUAAGAAAGUAGCUUAAAUUUAAAAUAUCAUGCACAGUUUAUUAUAUAUAAUCUUGCUAACUCGUGGAAAUUUUUUUUUUAAAUAGUUAGAAUUAUAAUUAAAAAAAUAAGCUUAGUUUCCAUUAUAUUUAUAAUUUUAAAAUCGUUAUCCAUUUUUUUAAAUCCAACCGGAAAUUUUUUCUGCAGGAGCUACUACAAAUAAAAUGUCAUCAUCGUCGUCCGAUGAAGUUGAAGAAAGAUUGGACGAAAUUAUCGACGAUAUCAUAGACGAAACCUACAUCAACAUUGUGGAAGGCCAACCCUCUAAGCCGAGGACACGCGCUUAUAUAGAACGAGACCGCGAAAUAGGACACAACCAAUUAUGGAAUGAUUACUUCAGCGAAGAUGCGACAUUCCCGCCAUAUUUAUUCAGACGCCGUUUCCGUAUGAACAAAGAAUUAUUCUUGCGUAUUGUCCAUCGCCUCUCAGAACACGUUCCAUUCUUUCAACAAAGAAGAGAUGCAACGGGGAGGUUUGGUCUUUCUCCACUACAAAAAUGUACGGCUGCUAUUCGUCUCCUAGCUUAUGGUUCUGCAGCUGACGCGGUUGAUGAAUAUCUCAGAGUUGGUGAAAGCACGGCAAUUUCGUGUUUAAAGCAUUUUAAUGAAGGAAUAAUUCGGUUAUUUGGUCCUGAGUAUCUACGAAGACCGACAGAAGAGGAUCUUCAGCGACUACUCCAUAUUGGAGAGAUACGCGGGUUUCCUGGGAUGGUAGGAAGCAUCGACUGUAUGCAUUGGAGGUGGAAAAAUUGCCCAACGGCUUGGAAAGGACAGUAUACCCGGGGAUCAACAAAACCGUCAAUUGUGUUAGAGGCGGUAGCUUCACAAGAUCUUUGGAUAUGGCACGCUUUCUUCGGUCUUCCAGGUACCUUAAACGAUAUUAAUGUCCUCGAUCGGUCUCCUGUUUUUGAUGACAUUAUUCAAGGUCGGGCUCCGAGGGUAGAGUACAUGGUCAACGGACACAUGUAUAAUUUGGCGUACUACCUCACAGACGGUAUUUAUCCAAACUGGUCAACAUUUAUCCAAUCUAUCUCACUCCCUCAAGGUCCUAAAGCAGAGUUAUUUGCUAAAGUUCAAGAAUCAACCCGAAAAGAUGUGGAGCGGGCUUUUGGAGUUUUACAAGCUCGAUUUGCGAUUGUGAAAAACCCGGCACUUUCAUGGGACCAGGAACAGAUAGGGAAGACUAUGAGAGCAUGUAUCAUAUUGCACAAUAUGAUAGUCGAAAAUGAACGAGAUGGAUACAACACUCAGUACGAUACAUCUGAAUUUGAAGAAGGAGAUGUAGCCAGCAGUUCACGAGUGCAUAAGUCUCGUGGUACAGACAUCCCUCCAAGCAUCAAUGAAAUGCGUGCCAUUCGGUUUCAGGUUCGCGAGACGGAAACACAUCACCAAUUGAAGAAUGAUUUAAUUGAAAAUAUUUGGAACAAAUUUGGGGAUGAAAAUUAAUAGUUAUUGUAAUUUUAUAUGUUUAAUCAUGUAAUAAAUAAAUUUUUAUAUC